AAUUAAAAGUAGUGAAAUAUUUACAAAAAUUUGCAUCAGAAAAGCUUCUAUUUCAACAAUUUCAGGCAUUUUCUAACUUAUUUUUCUUAGAAAAAAUCAAUUUUAUUGCUUUUCUAGGUUAUGUGACUGAUUAAAACCCGAUUCUGGAUAUUCAGAAAACCUCUAAAUCAUCAAAAUUUUGUUUAAGCUGGGAAUAUUUCACUUUUUUUGGCACAAUUGAGCAUUUCUGCUCGAAAAUCUUUGAAUUGGAUAAAUUUUGGAAGUUAAAAACAGCUUUAAAGUCAAACAUAACCUACAAAAUGUCAUUUUAGACUCUUUGGUUAAUUAUUAUCGAGGUUUGUACUUUAUUAUCCAGUAGAAACAUUGUAAUAUUCCUGAAAUGUCUUUAAAAGCGUCGAUAAGUGACUGCAGUUUCUGAAAGUGUGUAAAUUUGUGGCACAUUAUCUCCCCCUUGCCCUGAUUCUAUCGUUCUUAUUGUGGCCCAAAAUAUUGUGACACACAAACACUUGAAAGCGCAGGGAAAAGCGAUAUGGAAAAGACGCCAAAUGAUAUUGGCGAAAGGCAAUGAUGAAAAAGUGAUUCACGUUGUGUUUGUGUGUGAAAAUUAGAAAGAAAAUAUGACGAUAAGAUAGUAAUUUUCGUGCUGAUUCUAUCUACGUCGUCGUGAAUUGUGUAUUUUCCGCCAUAGAGGCUGACAACUAACACUAAUCAGUUCAAACUCAAUGACCUUUCUGUGUGUGGAAAUCGCACGGGCAUUAGCAAGAGUGCUAAAUAGUUGAUGUGACAACAAGACAAUUAACAACACCGCGAAAAGUCAUUUACCCAAGUUCCAGCAAUUAAGCAGAGGAUAAAAGGGUUUCGAAAGAUCUUUUUGUGAUAUUUUAGAGGUUAUGGUCGAAAAAGACGCUGAAAUAAGCGGUUUUAAGUGGAUUUUUACAGAAAUAUCGCAUGGAAUCUUAAGAUAUUUAAUAUAAUUUGCAAAUUUUUGUGGAAACAGUCUAAGAACUUCAAGUGCAAAAAUUUACCCUCAAGUUUUAGAUGGAUUUAAAUAAAAUCUUUGUAGGCGUGAAAGUAAUUUCUAUAGACAAUUCCUCAAUUUUUACCCUAUAAAAGUGGUGAAAUACGACAAUUUACGGACUCACCGAAUAUUCUGCUGGCCAAUCACCCAAGAUUCCCCCACUUGUCCGCCCCUCGAGCACUCGGUUGAGUGUGAUUAACCGCGAGCGACUCUCGCCAGCUGAUCACCUCUGUUCAUCAGUAUCAAUGUGACCGCGAGUCUGGGCAGUGCGUCGUCGCGGAGUGAGAGUGAGAGAGAACAAUGACUUUUCUGGGCAAUUGGCAGAAGACGACAAAGUCCCUGCAGGAGCGCUUCGGCUACCUGAUGGGCAAGGAGCUCAUGUCCGACAUGACCUUCCUGGUUGGCACCAAUGAGGUGCGCAUUCCUGGCCACAGACUCGUGCUGGCCGCCAACAGUCACGACUUCUACAACGUCCUCUACCACUUGCGACCAGACAGCAUGGAAUUGCGCAUCGAAGACGUCUCUGUGGCUGUCUUCAUGCGCUUCCUGGAGUAUUGCUACACAGGACACAUUCAUCUGGAGCUGGACAAAGUCUUUGAUGUGCUGAAGUUGGCGAUGCGCUUCGAAAUGCGUCACUUGGAGGGAAUUUGCAUCAACUUUGUGGACCGCCUUAUGAACACGCAGAAUUGCUUGCGAUUCCUCAACAAGAGCUGGCAAUUGGGCUGUCUUCGACUAGUGCAGAAGUGCCAGGAACACUUGGCGGACAACUUCGGCGAUGUCCUGAGCAACAAUCGUCUGCCACUGGACUUCCCCGAACUGCCACACGGCGCCGUGAAGUGGAUCGUCGAGCUGGAGACGCUGCAGUGCGACGAGAAGUCCUUGUUUGACGCCGUGAUGAUGUGGUCACGCCGCGAGUGCACGCGAUGCAAUCUGUCCGUGACACCGCAGAAUAUGCGCACCGUCCUCGGUGAUAUCAUCUACCAGAUCCGCUUCCCCACGAUGACCACGCAGGAGUUUGCCGAGUGCAACAAGACGUAUCCGGAACUCCUGUCGGCCGACGAAAUGACGAAAAUCAUGGUCUUCAGCGCCGUUCCAGCGGCUCGAGUGCGCUUCAAUGUUCACCCACGCCUCGAGGCCACCUUCACAUCUCUCUACCGGGACAAUGGCAUCCAGGAAGUGGCCACAAUUCGAAGGAUUACCAAAGCUCAUCGUGUCUUUGACGAUCACAAUCGCCAUGGAAUUCGCCUCACCAGCUCAAGACGCAUCAACAUCUACGGCUUUGGCAUUGUGGCCAAGGAGGGCAAAUCAAUCUACGGAAAGUGUUCCGUUUGGGAUGCCGAAUUCUGUUUUCAAUUUCCCGACGUCAAACCCGAUGUGCGUCGCAAAUUGUGGGAAAACUACGAAAUCAUCUACGUGAUCUUCAAACAUCCACUCACACUGGAGUCCUCGACGUCCUACGAAUUGUCCUUCUUCAACUGCGCCAAUGUCUGCAGUGUGGAUGAAAUUGUGCGCGAAACGGUGCGCAAGGAGGAAAUCACGUUCCGCUUUGAGAAAUUUCAGGAUUUUGCCGCCAUUCCUGCGCUUUUGUACAGAAUUCUGCGCUAAGAAGAUUCAACACUUCACGCUGAGUCACUAUGAGAGACAAGGGGGAGAUAAUACAGUCCAGAAGUGAUGUACAGCUCAGUGGAAGUUCUGAAAAACCUACAAUUCUCCAUACAAAACUGUCAAAUUAAACCUGCAUCAAUUUUAAUGCAUGAUUAAACGAGAUGGCGUAAAGAGCCUCAUUGACAGAAUUAAGCAUUUGCAUGCAAUAAAUAGU